AUGCACAAGAAAAUUAGUUCUGACCCAUCGUCAGCUGAAGUGGUGUUCCGUUCCGUCGACGAGAUUGGAUUCCUGCGGGUGUUCGACGCCUCCGACGAGCUGCAGCUCUAUAGCAACGUGUACUUUAUCGAAUCCUCGUCCCCCUUCAAUCCGUUCGUCACAAUCGAUGCGCGGCAAGCCUGCGCAAUUGAAUCGGCCGCUCGUGCAAAUCCGCGGAAAAACAUCGUGGUGCUGUUUGCUUCCUGGUCCGAAUUUACCGACUCAGGACAGCUUCACUUUCCCGACAUUCGCCUGUUGAGUCAAUUCAAGAAUUUGUACUUCCGCUGGCUUUCUUUGGACAGUUUUGCCAAAGGUACGCCUCUUGAGGAGGUGAUCCAAUCCGAACGGGUGCAUAACCACAAGAACGGUGCCGCCUAUCUGUCGGAAAUUUUGCGUUUGCUUCUGCUGUAUCGGGUGGGCGGUAUCUACCUCGAUCUGGAUGUGGUCACGUUGAAACCGUUGGAGUUUUCCAACCCGAACUUCUUUGGCGCUGAGACACACCUGCUCGCCGGCUCGUCGGUGAUGGGCUUGCAACGCACAGGAUACGGACACACUUUUCUUGAUAGCUGCCUCAAUGAUUUUCAGAACUUUGAUCGACAUGACGAUAAUCGAAACGGGUCAAUCCUGAUUACUUACAAACUCCUGCUGGCUUGCGAAGCAUUGAUCAUAGGCGAGAUCGUUGAUAGGGGCUGCCAAGGACGAUUGGAGCUGUACCCACGCCACACUUUCCACCCGUUUGACGAAACCAACGUGCAUCUGCUAUUCAAUCCCAACAAAUUGGACGAGGUGAGGGAAAUUAUUGCCGAUUCAAUGACCGUCCACCUGCGACAUCAAACGAGCCGGCAGUUUCAACGAGCGCCCACCGAUGGUGAGACGGGCUAUACAAUGAUAGCUCAAAAGCAUUGCCCCUCAGUGUAUGUCUUUCACGAUGGCAAGCUAUAG